AUGAUACGCGGUUCAAGAGAAAUUGAAGAAGCAUUGCUGAACCAUUUGGGAGUAAAACGCAAUGAAGUAACGAAGGAUGGCUUGUUUUCUGUUGGAGAAAUGGAGUGUAUGGGAUGUUGCGUAAAUGCUCCAAUGAUCACGGUUGCUGACUACUCGAAUGGAUCUGAGGGUUACACCUAUAAUUAUUACGAAGAUGUCACUCCAAAGCGAGUUGUUGAGAUUGUCGAGGCUUUGAGGAGAGGGGAAAAGCCACCGCGUGGCACACAAAACCCAAAACGCAUCAACUCCGGGCCAGAAGGUGGGAACACUACAUUGUUAGGUGAGCCCAAAGCUCCUCCAUGUCGAGAUCUUGAUACAUGCUGA